UUUCACUCCUUAUAUCCCUUCCCAAUUAAACCAAACAGAUCUCUCUCUUAAUAAUUCCCUCCUUUUACUUUCCCUUCCUUCCACAACGAAUCACACAAUAAUUCUCCAAAUGUCUCCGAUUCCGCCGGAAAACGGCGUCGACGGCGACGACGAGCGGGAAGAAGAGGAAGACGACGACGUAGAGGAAGACGAGGAGGAAGAAGACGAUGAAGAAGAGGAGCCGAGGCUGAAGUAUCAAAGAAUGGGAGGGAGUAUACCGUCGUUACUGUCUAAUGAUGCGGCGUCGUGUAUUGCUGUUGCUGAACGGAUGAUCGCGCUUGGUACAUUAGACGGAACCGUUCAUAUCCUUGAUUUUCUCGGUAAUCAGGUUAAGGCAUUUGCUGCUCACACUGCAGCAGUGAAUGAUCUGAGCUUUGAUAUUGAAGGUGAAUACAUAGGAAGCUGUUCAGAUGAUGGAUCUGUUGUAAUACAUAGCCUUUUUAGUGAUGAAAAGAUGAAAUUCGAGUAUCAUCGUCCAAUGAAGGCCAUUGCUUUGGACCCUGAAUAUUCAAGAAAAACAUCGAGAAGAUUUGUAGCUGGCGGUUUAGCAGGUCAUUUGUACUUAAAUUCAAAAAAAUGGUUGGGCUACCGCGAUCAGGUUUUGCACUCCGAUGAAGGUCCCAUACAUGCUGUAAAAUGGAGAACAAGUCUUAUCGCUUGGGCUAACGAUGCAGGUGUGAAGGUUUAUGAUGCUACCAAUGAUCAGCGAGUAACAUUUAUUGAAAAACCACGGGGGAUUCCACGCCCUGAGCUUUUGCUUCCCCACUUAGUGUGGCAGGAUGAUUCUGUGUUGGUUAUUGGUUGGGGAACAUCUGUUAAAAUUGCAUCAAUAAGAGCAAACGAGCAUAAAGGAACAAAUGGGACAUAUAGGUCCCUUCCAGUGACUAGUAUGAACAAGGUGGAUAUUGUGGCAUCUUUUCAAACCAGCUAUUAUAUUUCAGGAAUUGCUCCUUUUGGUGAUUCUUUGGUUGUUCUAGCUUAUAUUCCUGGCGAAGAUGGGGAGAAGGAAUUUAGCAGCACCAUCCCAUCAAGACAGGGUAAUGCACAGAGACCAGAAGUACGCAUAGUUACGCGGAAUAAUGAUGAACUUGCAACAGAUGCGCUGCCUUUGCAUGGUUUUGAGCAUUACAAGGCAAAGGACUAUUCCCUUGCCCAUUCUCCUUUCUCAGGUAGCAGCUAUGCUGGUGGUCAGUGGGCUGCUGGUGAUGAACCAUUGUACUAUAUUGUCUCCCCAAAGGAUGUGGUUAUUGCUAAACCAAGGGAUGCUGAAGAUCAUAUUGCAUGGCUUCUACAACAUGGUUGCCAUGAAAAAGCUUUAGCAGCAGUUGAAGCAGGACAGGGUCGGAGUGAACUCCUUGAUGAGGUAGGAUCUAGAUAUCUUGAUCAUUUGAUUGUGGAAAGGAGGUAUGCUGACGCUGCAUCUUUGUGUCCUAAACUGUUACAAGGAUCUGCAUCAGCAUGGGAGAGGUGGGUUUUCCAUUUUGCUCAUCUCCGCCAGCUUCCUGUAUUGGUUCCAUACAUACCAACAGAAAACCCAAGACUGCGUGAUACUGCUUAUGAGGUAGCUCUCGUAGCUCUUGCAACAAAUCCGUCUUUCCAUAAAGAUCUUUUGUCAACUGUUAAAUCUUGGCCACCUGUGGUUUACUCUGCAUUACCUGUCAUAUCUGCUAUAGAACCUCAACUAAACACCUCUUCCAUGACUGAUGCACUCAAAGAGGCUUUAGCAGAGUUGUUUGUAAUUGAUGGGCAAUAUGAGAAAGCAUGCUCACUAUAUGCUGAUCUUUUGAAGCCAGAAAUAUUUGAUUUCAUUGAAAAAUACAGCUUACAUGACGCUAUUCGUGAAAAGGCUGUUCAGUUAAUGAUGCUUGAUAGCAAGCGUGCAGUUUCAUUACUGAUCCAGAACAGGGACUUAAUUCCUCCAGCUGAAGUUGUAUCUCAACUGCUGGCUACCAGAAAUAAGUGUGAUUCAAGAUACUUCUUGCAUUUGUAUCUACAUUCAUUAUUUGAAACAAAUCCGCACGCUGGAAAAGAUUUCCAUGACAUGCAGGUAGAGCUGUAUGCAGAUUAUGAUCUGAAAAUGCUACUUCCUUUUCUUCGUAGUAGCCAACAUUACACGCUUGAGAAGGCCUAUGACAUUUGCAUCAAGAAAGAUCUUCUGAGGGAGCAAGUCUUCAUACUUGGAAGAAUGGGAAACUCAAAAAAGGCACUUGCUGUCAUCAUAAAUAAAUUAGGAGACAUUGAAGAGGCUGUAGAAUUUGUCACAAUGCAGCAUGAUGAUGAUCUCUGGGAAGAAUUGAUCAGGCAGUGUCUUAACAAACCUGAAAUGGUUGGUGUGUUGUUGGAGCAUACUGUCGGCAAUCUUGAUCCCUUAUAUAUCGUAAAUAUGGUACCUAAUGGGUUGGAGAUUCCUCGGCUUAGGGAUCGUUUAGUCAAAAUUAUUACUGAUUAUCGAACUGAAACAUCGCUUAGACAUGGAUGCAAUGAUAUCCUUAAGGCUGAUUGUGUAAACCUAUUAGUCAAAUACUACAAGGAAGCAAGACGUGCGAUUUGCAUAAACAACGAAGGAGAUGAUGCACGUGCAAAUAGAGAUGGCAGUAGGGAUUCUCAGGCGAACGAGCGAAUGCCAAGCAUGAAAACCAUAGAGGUUAAGUCAAAAACUACGGGAGACUCGAGAUGUUGCAUGUGCUUUGAUCCCUUCUCUAUACAAAAUGUAUCAGUCAUUGUAUUCUUUUGCUGUCAUGCUUAUCAUAUGAACUGUCUAACGGAUGCGAUGCAUACACAUACUGUUAGCGGUGAAAGUGAUCAAGUGUCGGAAUACGAGUAUGACUAUGAUGACGACAAUGAAGAUGAUGAUACCGGUUCUGGUACACGUUUACGAUGCAUCUUGUGUACUACUGCCGCCAGUUGAGACUGAUUGUUCGUUGUUCUUUUAAUUUAUUUAUUUUCUCUCCCUGUUUUUAGUUGAGGGGUGGCAAAAGGGUUGGUGUUUCAUGCGGGUUUUUGCUUAAUUUUUACCAGUUCUUUUUUCUUGUGUUAAUAUGUUAUAUCUGUCCUACUGAUCGAUAACAUUUUUGGUCGAGCUGUAGUUGUUGUAUCAUAAAUUAUAUAAGUAUUAAAUGGUUAAUUGUGAGUAUUAGUUUUUCUGCCCA